AUGGCUCGUCACCCCUCGCAGUGGGCAGUUCCUCUCGCUGUCAGCCUGGGCAUCCCCGUCAGCCUCUAUGUGACCUUCCUCUUGCUGGGAGCCUUUCCUUUCUUCCAGAAGCACUUUCUCUAUGCGCAUAAAUUCAACACCCUGUUUUGGCAUGACAUCGACAGGCCCGAGUACUGGGGCUUUGCAAGAAACCAGGUGACCCCGUUCUCACUUGACACUGUCGAUGGGGAAACCAUCUACGCAUGGCACAUAUUACCACUUGCAACCUACCUGAAGCACGAGGAAAAGCUUCAAGCUGCCCCUGCCGGUUUCUCUCGAGACAUCACUCAGACCGAGUCCUUCAACAUCCUCCGCCAUGAUCCGGACGCUCGUCUCAUAGUCUCUUUUCACGGAAACGCCGGUCACAUUGCGCAGGCCAUAAGACCGGCCAACUUCCAUACACUGACCGACACCUCGCACUACCAUGUUUUGAGUAUCGACUACCGUGGCUUCGGCAAAUCCACCGGGUCGCCUUCCGAAGCCGGCCUGAUCCACGAUGGUGUUGCUGCCGUAGAUUGGGCCAUGCAUGUCGCCCGCGUCCCCGCCAGCCGCAUUGUCAUCAUGGGCCAGAGCCUUGGAACCGCAGUCACGAGUGGUGUAGCUGAACACUUUGCCAUGCAGGGGGUCGAGUUUGCCGGCGUCCUCCUUGUCGCCGGCUUCUCAAAUCUUCCCAAUCUGCUCAGCAGCUACACCGCGGCUGGCUUCAUCCCGGUUCUGUCGCCCCUGCGAUCGUUCCCGCCUGUUUUGCGCUUCUUCCAGGGUUUCGUCGUCGACAAGUGGCAGUCGGCCGACCGGCUCGCUCAUCUUGUGAGCCUAACACGCGCGAGACUACGCCUGACACUGAUCCAUGCCAAAAAUGACCUGGAGAUACCAUAUUAUCAGAGCGAUGCGCUGUUCAGGUCUGCCGCCAAUGCCACCAUUGGCCAAGAUCUGGACGACAAGCAGUUCUCUGCCUGGAAGAAGCAAAACACUGUCAACCGCGAUGAUGGUACCUUUGUCGCAAUCGCCAAGUCGGAUCCAAACGUGGUUAUUCGAGAAGAGUUGGUACCCUAUGGAGGGCAUAACGAUGUCAUGUUGUCCUCGACCGUCGCGCUCGCUGUCAUGAGGUCGUUCGAGCCAGAUACAGAUGCGACGUCUCCUUAA